AUGAAGACUAGAAUCGAACCUGGUAUGCUUUGUAAGAAGCUUAAUCAAUUGGGCUUUGAUGGUUAUGAGUAUUCAGAUAACAAAGGAUUUGUUGGGGAAAUUGCUAUGGGCCCUCGUGAAGAUGGUAAGAAUUUGUGGCAUGAACUUGUUAAGAUAGUUGCUAAAACUGAUGGUGGUUGGCUCUUGGGAAGAGACUUUAAUGAUAUAAAGGAAGGGGAUGAAAAACGUGGUGGAGAUUUUCCAUCUGAUAGGAAAUGCCAUGGAGGGCUGCGUGUGUAUGAAAGAUUAGACAAGGAUCUUAGUAACGAAGAGUGGAGGUUGCGAUUUCCUGAUGCCCAAGUCUGUGUGUUAACAAAAAUCGACUAUCCAGACCAUCAUCCAAUCCUUGUGUCUUUUAAAGAUAAUCAUAGAAAAUCUAUGAUCAAAGGUUUUAAGUUUGAAUAUGCUUGGAUCUUGAAAGAGUCUUUCAAAGACAUGAUUCAGUCUUCCUGGAAGAAUAACAUAGGCAUGCUAAAUAACCUGGAGGAAGUUAGAGUUAAAUCCAUGAGUUGGCAUAUGCAUACUGUUCAGAGCUUACUCAUAGGAAAAAAAUUUAUUAUCCGAAAACUUGAAUGCAUUCAAAGAAAAACUCAUGAAAGUAUCAGCCAUGAUGGACUCAAAAUGUUGGAAUACAAUCUGCAACAAGAGCUUCAGAGGAUUCUAUAUCAGGAAGAGCUUACCUGGUUUCAGAGAGCCAAUGAUAAAUGGUUAGCUGAUGGCAAUAGAAAUACAUGUUUCUAUCAUGUGAAAGCUGUUGAAACGAGAAGACAUAGAAAUGUUCAGACUAUCAAACACAAUAAAGGGAAAUGCUUAUCGAACCAUCAUUCGCUCCUCAAACUUGCUGAGGCUACUAUGCUUUGUCUUUAUGUUGAGCUCACUUUUGAAGAUAUCAAGCUUGCUACUUUCGAGAUGGCUCCCCUGAAAUCCUCAAACCUUGACGGUUUUGCCAUUGGAUUUUUCCAUAAUUCUUGGGAGAUUGUUGGAGGCGUUGUGUUUGAUUACAUUAGACUGAAAGUGGAAAAUAAGCUAUGGGUUAGUUUAAACGUUGGAAGGAAAGGUCUGAAUGUGUCUCAUCUCAUGUCCGCAUAUGACCUUUUACUUUUUGGUAAAGCUAUGGAUAACCAAAUCUCUAAUAUUAUGGAUGUGCUGGAAGUGUUAUGUGCUGCUUCAAGUCAGCAAAUAAGUAAGGAGAAAACUAGGAUUAUAAUUUCUAAAAAUACCCCUAUGAGCAUAAGAAGAAGUAUAACUGCUAUUUCUGGAUUCAACAAGGUUAAAGAUAUGGGUAUAUACCUAGGGGCGCCUUUGAUAGGUAAGUGCCAUAGGCAAAGGCAAUAUCAAUAUCUGGUGGAAGAGGUUAAAACCAAGCUUAGCCACUAUAAGUGCAACCAACUGUCAUUUGCUGGGAGGGUUAUCCUUGUGAAAUUUGUUAUUGAAGCUCUUCCUACUUACACUAUGAUGAGUAGUAUGGUCCCAAAAGAGAGUCUUAAGAAUAUUCUUCAGGGAGAUUUUAUUUUGGGUCAUAGUAGUGAUGAUAAGAAGAUGCAUAAUAUUAGAUGGCGUGACAUUCGCAAACCUAAGCAGUUUGGUGGAUUGGGAUUAAAGCAUCAUGUUAGGAUGAAUGAAACAUGCAUCUCCAAGCUGGGUUGGAAGCUUAGUGUAGAGAUGGGGCCAUGUGGUGUCAAAUUUUGA